CCCGGCGUGAAGGAGAGAGCGAUCAUUGUGUUCUGGAACGGCACGAGAGGUGGAGGUGCGCUGCGUUGGCCUCCCCGGCACUCUUAUUUAUUUAUUUAAGUUAUUUCAAGACUCUGGUGCCAUAUAAGCUCAUCUGGAGGCGACGAUGAGGGUUAAAACCGUGUUGUGUCUGCUGGUGGCGGCGGCGGCGUGCGUGGCGGCCGAGGAUGAGUGGUCGUGGGGCGAUGCGAGCGAGGCGUCCCCAGUGAGCCAGGGCCAGGCCACCUUCAGCGUCUCCGUCAGUCCUGAGAGGGAGGAGGAGCAGGAGACGCCGAUAGCAGCCAGGGCCAUUGGUGUGGACGUCCUGCCGCUUGAGCCCCACCGCGAACUGACGGAGGAGGAGUUGGUGGCUCUAGCGGCCGAGGGAGGCGAUCGCGAGGGCCGCUUCCUGGGCAUCGGCGAGAAGCUUUGUACUUACGGCAUCGGGAUAAACUGUAACAAGAAGCAUCCUUCGCCAAUCAAGUCCCAUUACGGCCCGCCUCCAAGGCCCGUGUUGCCGCCCUCCGGAACCUACGGCGCCCCUCUGCCCAAGCCGCCCCUCCCCCCUACAGGCAGCUAUGGCCCCCCUCUCCCCUACCCCAACAGGAAGUUCGGCGCCCAUGCCCCCUCCAAAGGCAACUCCUUCUCCCCCUUCAAGGACUUCAUGACGGCCCUGGAGCCAUACCUUCCAGGGGGAGCCAAACCUAAGCCACAGAAAGGGAAUUCUUACCUCGCCCCCAACCCCGCCUACGCCCCCCUCCUCCCCUCCUACCAGCCCCCAGUACCCAAGCCAACAUAUGUGUCACCUCAGCCUUCCUACGUGGCCCCCAAGCCCGUGCCCUUCGCCCAAAAGGUUGACUACGUGCAUAAGCCUACGUACGUAAACCCCGUUCAUACCUACACCGUUACCAAGCACUCCUCCAAACCCACGGUAGUCGAGCACCACUCCCACACCCACACCCACAUCUACAAGGGCGACCAGGGCCCCGCCUACUACCAGGAGGACCCAUACUACACCCAGGGCUCCAAGCAGGUGUUCAAGCGGCAGCCCGACUCGGAUUCCGUCAAGUUCGAGGAGCCGGACAGCAUCCAGGACAUCAUCAACACGGACAGCCAGCGGCAGGCGACCCGAGUGCGUGUGACCAGUAGCGUUUCCUCCUCCACCUCCUCCUUCCCUCCACGCGGGCAAGCUCCCUCCCCUUCCUCCUCCUUCCCUCCACGCAGCCAAGCUCCCUCCUCCUCCUUCCCUACAAGCCACGUUUCCUCCCCCUCCUCUUCCUCUUUCCCUCCAAGCAGGCACGUUCCUCAGGUUCCGCCGCAUACCUUCAGACCAAGCAAGAUCGAGACCGGGUUCAAGCCCAUGAGAACAGUUCCCGAGACGUUCUUCCGCGAGCAGGCCGCCCCGACCUACCGCGAGGACUGCCAGUGCGUGCCGGUGUCCUUCUGCGACGCCCAUGACGUGGUGAUGCCCUUCACCAGCGACAUCAGGCAGUUCCUGGACGCCCGCACGAAGGGCUCAGACAUCCUCUCCAACGCUACUCAGGUUGCUGGUGACGAGGAGGAGGUGGUAACCGAAGCACCUCAAGAUAUUGUUGCACCCCAAGUGAUUGUUGCACACCAAGAGCUUGGCAGCCCCAUCAGGCGGGGUCGUGUCUUGGGUCUGUCAGCCGAUAGAGUCUACGUCAACGCCGACAAUGAGACCGUCGAAGUGGAGGAGACAGCGACUGAGGCUGUGACUGAAGUCGAAACUGAAGAGCCGGUGACUGAAGUGGCAGAAACCGAGAAUGAGGAGACCGCGACCGAGGAAGCUGUGACGGAGGCGACGGAAGCUGAAGAGGCGUCUCGUGUGAGGCGUGACGUACCGGCGGAGGGAGUGGAGGACGCGCCCGUGCCUAAUGACCGCCAGGGGCGCCAACUCACAGGCUUCACCCCACAAGACGGCAGCUGCGGCCUGGAGCACGUCUGUUGUCGCCGCCCCGUCUUCCGCCCCACCGCGCGCACCCACCAGUACUCCUGCGGCACACGCAACGCCAAGGGGCUCCUGGGCCGCGUCAAGAACCCCAACUCGCAGUUCACGGAGGGCGACACUGAGUUCGGCGAGUACCCGUGGCAGGCGGCUAUUCUCAAGAGGAAGGAAGGCGCCAUGAUGUACGUGUGCGGCGCUGCGCUCAUUGACGCUAAACAUGUGCUGACUGCUGCCCACUGUGUCGACAAACUCAACCCCGCCGACCUCAAGAUCCGCCUCGGGGAGUGGGACGUCUCCGCCAAGAGCGAGUUCUACAAGCACGUCGAGCUGCGCGUCACGGGGCUCUACACCCACCCGGACUUCUACCCCGGGAACCUCAACAACGACCUGGCGGUGCUGCGCCUCGAGGACUUCGUCGACUUUACCACCAACCCUCACAUCACCCCCGUCUGCCUGCCACCUGAGGGCUCGGAGUUCGGUCACCGCUGCCACGCUACGGGCUGGGGCAAGGACGCGUUCGGGGCAGAGGGACGCUUUAGCCAAGUCUUGAAGGAGGUCGAAGUGCCAGUUGUGGGUGCAGCGGAAUGCCAGGAGAGGUUGAGGCAGACAAGACUCGGCCCACAGUUUAAUCUUCACGAGGGAAACCUGUGUGCCGGAGGGGAAGCUGGUAAAGAUACGUGCAAGGGUGACGGCGGCGGCCCCCUCGUAUGCCCUGGCCCUGACGGCACCGUGCAACUGGCCGGUCUCGUGUCUUGGGGCAUCGGCUGCGGCCACCCCGGCGUCCCUGGCGUCUACGUGAGGGUGUCCCACUACCUCCCCUGGAUCCGCGCCAUCACUAACAGCUAAAGUGUUGACGCGUGAGUCUUGGGAAGGAAGAGAGAGCCACCGACUACGAAACACAGAUGAGAAACCACAAAGGGAGGUCGCAAAAGAGUACUGGGAAGAGAGAACCAAGAAAUACAGAUAAGAAGCCACUAAGAGGAGGACGUCUCAAAAGAGUACACGAGUCUUGGGAAGGAAGAGAGAAUUACCGACUACAAAACACAGAUAAGAAAAUACAAAGGGAGGUCGCAAAAGAGUACUGGGAAGAGAACCAGGAAAUAAAAAUAAGAAGCCACUAAGAGGAGGACGUCUCAAAAGAGUAGCGAGUCUUGGGAAGGAAGAGAGAACUAUCAGACCGCAAAAACAGAUAAGAAACAACUAAGGGAGGUCGCAAAAGAGUACUGGGAAGGGAGAGAACCAUCCACCACCAAAGACAGAUGAGAAACCAAUAAGGGAGGACGCUGCAAAAGAGUACUAGAAGGAUAAGCGAACCAUCGAACAGCAAACCAAGACAAGAAGAAAGCCGCAAAGAAGAGGUCGUCGCAAGGAUCAUCUCUCUAACCCUCAACUCAAAUGAACUGAACUGAUCCGUCUCUUCCUCUCCCGCCCGUUCAUCUUUCCCAGCAGUGCCGUGAGGACCCUGAACUCACCCUCUGGGCUCGCCAACUUGACUCACCCCCUGGACUCACCCUCAAAUGAACUGAACUGAUCCGUCUCUUCCUCUCCCGCCCGUUUAUCUUUCCCAGCAGUGCCGUGAGGACCCUGAACUCACCCUCUGGACUCGCCAACUGGACUCACCCCCUGGAAUCACCCUCCGUACUCACCCCCUGGACUCACCCCCUGGACUCACCCCUGGAUUCACCCUCCGGACUCACUAACACACACAUCCGCCGCACCAACGCUGGUCGCUGCGUCGCGGCGGUUCGCAUCUCCACGCCGACGGAGAUUUUCUUUGUAAGCAUCUUUUGUGCUGAUAUUUGUACUCUUACGUCAAGAGGUCCACUAGUAUUGUAUUGUAUUGUGUCCUAUUUAUAAUAAAGAUAAUAUUGUU